AUGGUGCCACUUCAUAUACACAGAACAAUAAUCACUAUUGUAUCCUCAAAGUACAAUGCUGUUAAAGUACCUCCUGCCGCCGCCGCCUCCACGGCCGUAGCCCAGCUGAGGCACGACGCUGAUCGGGCCCUGGUCCUCCUUGAGCACGACGCCCGGCAGAUCCUUCAUCCCGAGGGACUCCAGCAGAUCUAUGGUCUCCUGGUCAACCUCGAUGUGGUCGACUUUGAUGGCGGACUCCUCCGGCACGAAGUCCAUGCGGCGCUCGCGCUCCUCCUCCUGCAGCUUGAGGGAGAUGCCCCGGACGGGCCCCUUCUGGAUCCGCUUCAUGAGGUGGGUCGAGAAACCGGCGAUCUUGUUGCGGAGGCGCUUCGAGGGGAUGAUGGCGACCUCCUCGAGGAUCUUCUUGUUGGUGUGGAAAUCAAGGGUCAUCUUCGAGUAGUACCGCUCGAUGACCAGGCGGGAGGACUUCUUCACGGUCUUAGUGCGGACGCGGCCCAUUUCCGGCGGUGGUUGCGACUGACGGCGGGAGGGAUUAAGGGGAAAAGGGGAGGAGGCUUUUGCUGCUGA